AUGAGGCGCAGCGCCCAGAGCCACCGCAGCCCCCCGGGAAGGAAUGCACUGCGGGCCCUGCUGCAAUGCAACCUGACCCCCGGCGCCCAGCUCCCCACCUUGCGGCCACUCGCCUCCCGCGGAACCUCCACUCUUGCCAGUAGUGUGCAGCUCAUCAACAAUGACAGUAUGGUCUUCACUGAAGCGCUCUGGGAUCAUGUCACCAUAGAGGACCAAGAACUGUGCUUCAAAACCUGUGAUGUCAUCAAAGUGACAGAUGUCACCAACAGAGAGUGGUAGUGGGAACGUGUCACCGAUGGUAAACGGUGGUGUCCAGCCACUUUUGUACAGCUAAGGGUAAACCAAGAUGAGCCUGCAGAUGGUGAGGCCUUCCAAGCCAGAAAUGACAGUAUGGUCACAGAUGGCAAGGCCGAGGACAGUAGCUUGGGUCAGAGCAGUGAAGACCCGAUGUGUGCCAAUGUCAUCAAUGAGAUCCUCAGCACAGCAAAAUGAUGUCAAGCACCUUCGGAUAUCUGUGAGGGCUAUAUCAGGUAGUGUCGGAAGCAUGCUGACAUGUGCAGUGAGGAGAAGUUUCGCAUCAUCUUUGGAAAAGAGAACAUCUACCAGUGCCAGAAGGCCUUCAUCAAGGCCCUGGAGCAAAAGUUCAACCACAGGUGUCCACUCCUGAGUGAGCUGGGUGCCUGUUUCCUGGAGCAUCAAGCAGAUGUCUCUAUCUACUCAGAAUAUUGCAACCACCAUCCACAGGUCUGUGUGGAGCUCUUCCAACUUGCCACCCAGAAGUACAUGUGCUUCUUUGAGGCCUGCUGGGUGCUGCAAUAAAUGAAGAACAUCUCCCUGGAAGGCUUCCUGUUGAUGCCAGUGCAGGUCUGCAAAAACCCUCUGCAGGGGCAGAGCUGCUCAGGUAGGCGCGUACAAGAGAUCUCCCAACACCAAGAUUUCAAAGACAUGGAAGCUGCUAUACAAGCUAUGAAGAAUGUGGCCCAACUCAUUAAUGAGAGGAAUCAGAGACGAAAACAUUGACAAAUUGCUCAGUGGCAGAGCUCCAUAGAGGACUAGGAAGGGAAAGACUUCUUGGUCAGUAGCUUGUAACACAUCUACUCAGAAGAUCUGAUACUCAUUACAGAGCCUCAGGCAAAAGGCCAGCAAAGAAUGUUUUUCCUCCUUGACCACCAGCUCAUCUUCUGUUAAGAAGACCUAUUCCACCAUAACGUCCUUCUGUACUACAAGGGCCAAGUGGACGCAGACUGUCUGGUGGUCCUGGAUGGGAAAGACAGAUUAUUCCACUCAUGGGUCAAGAACAGCUUCUCUAUCACUGAACUACACAGGAAGCAGGCCAUCCUGAACGCCAGCAGGCAGCAAGCCACCUACAAGACUAAAAACAUGAGCUCCACACCACCCACCAAGCAACAGCACCUUGGAUUUGUCCCUACAGAUCUCCCAUAA